AUGGUGGUACGCAGAAGUACUGAGCAGUCAAACGCUUGGCUCAAACCUGUCGAGGAUGAUGAAGAUGAGGGCUUUCUCACUGUGGCCGAAGAUGCCGAAGCCAAAGGAAUUCUCGAUGAUGGCAACAGAUCGACGCUCAACUUGACGACGACCGAGCUUCCUGUGUAUAUGAACAUUCACCGAGUCCGACGGUUAGUUCUUGCGAGUAUUGAUGAUCCUUAUACUAUGGAGCACUUCAGAGAUCCCAAGAUGAACGCUCUGGUUGUGAGGCCUCUAGUCGAAAGACUUUAUAACCCAGACGAUAUCUCAGUCGUUUAUUGCUUGUUAGCAAACCGUGUAUCUUUCCUAAGAGAGCAGUCUAAGGAGGUUCAUCAGAGUGUCAACCAGGCGCGUGCAAUUCUAUGCGAGCUGCUCGCUAGUCGGGUCCUACGCCGCUUCCACGAGGACAACCCAGGACCACAAGGUCUUUUGCUGCUCUCGCACAUCCUCGUUGAGGGCUUCGAUCCAUUCCAAGGAGCCCCUAGUCACAUGGAGCGUCCAGCUAACCGACCCCAAUGGCCUGGAUCUGGUGAUGCUUCUGGCUCUGAGAGAAAAGUCACAGCUCUUGAGUUGGCAAUUGUCUCUGAAAGCAAGUUCUUCAUCAGCUCUGCAGCCUGUCAACGAGCUGUCGAUGCAGUUCAUAACGGUCAAAUCAUUUAUACGCCCCUUUCAUUUAUGGAUUUCCUUCCAGACCACUAUAAACGACGGCCUAUCUCUCUUUACGACCCUCGGACAGCACCUCUCCUCAACCACCACCGUCUCAUUGUUCCUCGCAACCGAAAUCUCAUCGAACUCGUUCACUUUGUCAUCCUGCUGGUGCUCUACGUGAUGACCAUGAUCUCUCGCCAUUCUGAGGUUAAUAUGUGGGAGUUCGCGUUUUGUAUAUACACCUUCGGUUGGCUCCUCGAAAAGAUGGCUGCUAUUAUCGAGCAUGGCUGGGCAGUUCACGCACAGAACCUAUGGGCUUUUCUUGACAUCACUUUUGCCUCCAUCUUUGGCGCCUAUUUUAUUCUCCGCAUCUACGACUUUCUCCUCGAUCAGCUUCAUUCUGGCUAUGGACUACCGAUUCUCUGUAUCGCAGCACCUGUCAUGUUGACCCGGGUUGCUUUCAACCUACUGCCGAACAACCUUGUCUUUAUCUCUGUUCAUGCUAUGAUGAAGGACUUUACUGUACUGACCUUCCUUGCCACCUGGUGCUUUACCGGCUUCCUGCUCGCUUUGCAGUGGCUUGUUAGUGCGAGCAACGAUGGCGAUGAGGAGUUCAGCUGGUACGUAGUGGGCAAAUGGAUGCUCUGGAUUUGGUUCGGUCUAGAUGGUGAGGGUAUUGAGGAGUCGGUGCGGUUCCAUAUCAUCCUUGGUCCUGCGUUGAUGAUUGCCUUUGCAUUCCUGGGCAACACGCUCUUUCUGACCAUUCUCAUUGCCAUGCUCACAAACACCUUCUCCAAGAUCGUCGCCGAUGAAACGGCCGAGAUUCAGUUCCGACGCGCUGUUUUGACUUUCGAGGGCGUCAAGAGUGAUUCUAUCUUUGCCUACCCCCCUCCCUUCAACAUCUUGGCUCUGAUGGUGCUCCUACCCCUGAAGCUUGUCACCACCGCUCGGAUCUUCCACAUUGUCAACGUGGCCCUCAUUCGAACUCUCAAUAUGCCAACUCUCCUCCUCAUUAGCUUUGUGGAGCGACGCCGUCUUUGGAUGCAGUCCAGACGUGCUUCGGGCAAAAGAUCCAAGUGGCAGUUCACAUCUCUGUCACCUCAUAAUGAUGUCCAGGCAGUCUUCAAAUCUAUUCCACCAACUGAGAUUUCAGACAUCAUCGAUCAACUCGACCCGUUGGGUGAAGUCCCAAUUCUCGAGGACGAUCUGAUGCCUACGAUGACAGGUGACAACCCUCAGUCGAAGCUGAGAAGAUGGAGAAUGUUGCAACGAGAGGGGCAUCGCCGAACAGAUGAUGCAGACGCGUGGAGUAGCUCAAGCAGCAUAAAGAACGAGUAG